GAUUCCUGAUUCCCAAAUCUACACGAAGCGCUAAAAAUAAUAGAGAAAGCACUCAGAGAGAGAGAGAGAGAGAGAGAGAGAGAGAGAGAGAGAGAGAGAGCUUCCAUGGGGCGUGAAGAAGAGGAGCAGGAGGGAGGCACAACGUUUCUAAAGCUUCCACUCUUGCCAUCAAAACCCCAUAGCCACAAACACUCUCUCUCAUCGCCCAUUCACCCCAUGGCUUUAGCUUCCGUCUCCUUUAGCUGGGAAGAAGAACCAGGCAAGCCCAAGCACCAACCUUCUUCUUCUUCAUCCCCAUCAUCAUCUUCAUGCUCUCCUAACAAGAAGUCCCUGGAACUACCGCCUAGGCUUUUGGACUCGGUGGAAAAAGAUGGCAAGUCAAUCGCCAAACUACUGUCCUCGCCAUCAACUGUCCUCGAUGGGCCGUACAGCAUGGGGAGGUCACGGAGGUUUGAGUCAUCAUCCUUCAGGAUGAUGGUGGUGAGUGGUGGCGACUGUUAUGGAUCCUUCGGGAGCGACAUCUAUGGCGGCUUACAUGAGACGGAGGAAGAGGAAAUGAAAAAGAAGUCUCUGGUUCUUGCGAGGAAGAGGGAAGGUUACAGAGGGAGGAGACUUGGGUUUGUCGGGUUUUGGAGGAAGAGGGCACUGAAGGGAAAUACGGAGCUUGGUGGGGGCAGUUACAUCUUUCCAACUUCUGUUCACACAGAAAGCGAAGAAGAUGGCAAUGGCCGUGGCGAUGAAGAGAAGGUAAAAAUGAUUAGCAGAACAGGCAGUUUCUCUACGCUGUCUUCUUCUACUCCAAAGUCUCACUUCUGGACGACUGUUUGUGAAGGACUAAAGCAGGUGGUGGUUCCAUGGAAGAACAAGAAGAUUAGAAUUUGAUCCCACAAAAAAAAAAAAAUAGAGAGAUCAAAAGUGUUUGUGUUUCUUCUUACAAGUUAUCUGAGAUAACUUUGAUAAAUUUUCCAAACGACGUCUGUGAAAAUGUGUUUUCUGCUGUCUUCGACUAUAUAAUAUAUGAUAGAUGUUUGAAUGUUUUUAAUUGUGUAAAGAAAGGAGAAUAUGAAUGUUGUAUCUUUUGGUCCAUGAAUUCAUUGGUAUUUGAUU